AUGGCGGAGGUUCCUCUUGAUGUGGUUGAGCAGAUACUGUUGCUAUUGGAUGUGAAAGAUGUAAUCCGAUGCAAGAGCGUGUGUAAGUCCUGGCAAUCUCUUCUUAUCAGUCCUCCUUUUGUUAAAGCUCACUUGAACCAUGCAUACCACAACGAUCGUCACAAUCAUGACUUCACACACAGAAGGAUCUGUUUCUCCAUAAAUGCGACUAAAGACGCAUGGUUUUACGGCAAUGGUAUAUGUAUGGUUGGUUCUUGUGAUGGCCUAGUAUGCGUUUCUCCUAGAGAUGCUCAACUUGUAGUAACCAAUCCUUCGACUGGAGGAGAGGAGAGGAAACUGCCAACGCCGCCCUUUCAGCAAAUUAUAAAGAUCAGGCAGUUAGUAUGUUGGGGUUUUGGUUAUGAUUCGUAUGCUGAUGAUUACAAGGUUAUAGCAGGAUCUAUGGAAAGUAUUUAUUCAAGGUGCACACUUUUUCAUGCGUUAACAUUGAAAUCAAAUACUUGGAAAGUUAUUGGUGAAGUGGAGUGGAAAAUGAAUGUGGGUAGAGCUGGUAUCUUAUGUGGCGGGGCACUUCAUUGGUUCAUGACCGAUAAAGAUGAUAAGAAAGUAAUUAUUUCUUUAGAUCUAUCUACAGAGAAAUUUAAAGAAAUCCUGGUACCACCACUGGAUCUGUUUCUUAAUUGUGAUUACUUUCACAGGCUGGGGGUUAUAGAAGAUUGUCUAUGCAUAUAUUUAUACAAUUACCCUCUUGCUAGCAAGAAAUGGGUGAUGAAAAACAACAAGUGGGAACUAUACAAUGAUCAUUGCGAGAGAAAGUAUGAUGUUGCACAUCACUUGACAGCUGUGGUGGAUUCACAAAAAGAAGAAACUAAUUGUGUCUACAAUUAUGAUGAUGGUACCUGUGUGCCCAGCGCAAUGGAUACUAUAUUGGCACCAGUGUUGGUUGAUACCAAAAUUGUCAUGAUUUCUAUGUAUAAUAUGCAGCAGCACAAUGAAGAAGGUAACGAGAGAGUUAAAAGCGGUGCCAAGGGCAACAUAAAAAAGAGGAAGAGAGAUAAUGUUGAAAUGACCAAGAAACAUGGCGGCUUUUUUGAGAAAGGUUGUGGCGUGUGUGUGGAAGAGGUUCUCCAAGAAACAGAACUUGAACCGUUUAUCUUCGUGAGCACGAAGCAUGAUCGCUGCAAGAAGAUGUGGAAGGUGUAUGAUGUGCCUUCUCUUUGGGCAAAAAUUGGGUGA